AUGGAUUCGGAAUUCUUCAGCGUUUUUAGGGUUUUGGAUUUGUUCUGUAACCCCCGGCGAUUAAAGAGUGUUGGGUUCUGGCGUUUUCAGUUUUGUUCUGUCCCCGAAGCGGAACUCGACAGAGAGAGGGAAGACUUCACUGUGCAUUUCUCAUUCAUCAUUACUACUCAAAAUGACAGUUUUUAUGGGAAUGGACUAGCCUUUAUCCUUGCUCCUGCCGGCUAUCCAAUGCGCCCAAACUCAGCUGGUGGAGUCUUUGGACUACUAAACUCUACUGCCAGGAAUGGCACAUCCCCAGAUCACAUCAUCAUGGUUGAGUUUGAUAUAUUAAAUACAGAUUGGGAUCCACCAUUCGAGCGUGUUGGGAUCAACAACAACUCAUUAUCAGCAGUCAAAAAGGCCCCAUGGAAUGCUGGCUCAAACAGUGGAAAACUAGCGAAUGUUUGGACUAUUUACAAUGCCAGCUGCAAAAGCCUGAGUGUGUUCUGGACAUACGAUGACAACCCUGUUUUCAUGGGUAACUCUUCUCUUUCUUGUCAGAUUGAUUUGAAGAAAAAUCUCCCAGAGUGGAUUACGAUUGGAUUUUCAGUUGGUACAGGCGAGUGCACGGAGUAUAACAGAACCAAAUCAUGGGACUUCACUUCAAAUUUGGAUACCGAGGGCAUGGAGAUAAUGGUCAUGCAAAUAAAACACACAGUGGCACUUCUCUCUACAUUGAUCUGGAGAGAGGAUGUUUACCAAGAAGAUUUUCAUGCCAAGAACUACUUAUGCCAAGAACCACUUAGAGCUACCAAUGGCUUCGCAGAUGAUGGAAGGUUGGGCCAAGGAGGGUCCGCACGUGUUUAUAAAGCAACAUUGGAUGAUCAACGCUUAGUUGCUGUGAAAAGAAUAUUUGCUGAAUCCGAGGGUUUCUUCAUCAAUGAACUUAAGAUUAUAAGCCGUUUAAUACAUGGAAACCUGGUAAGGUAUAAGAUAGCUGUGGGUUUGGCCUCAGUCCUUCACUAUCUUCAUGAAGGCGUAGAGCAGUGCGUCCUACAUAGAGAUAUCAAAUCAGCUUAUGUCUUGCUAGACACGGAUUUCACUACCAAGCUCGGUGAUUUUGGAUUUGCCAAGCUCGUGGACCAGAGACUUAAGAAUUAA